AUGGAUCUCCAAGGACAACCUAUUCCUUCUGGCCACAAGAGCACCAAGGCGACCGACUCUCGCACUUAUAACAACCCAAUCAGUGAGACUUCAGGACCGGUUGCCAACGAUUCUCUUGCGGCUGAAUCCGUCCGCCGUGGUGGCGAGUACUCUCAAAACAGAGGUUCCCAGCCUUUAGGAGUCUCGGGGUCAUCGUCGACAUUGAACAACACCAACAUAUCCGGGGCUUCCACUCUACCCGCCAUCCCAAACCAUGAGGGUGCUUCUAGCCGUCAUGAAGACCAAUCGAGAACGGAAAAGUAUCCCGAAGAACUAGGUGGACAGGGAAAAUAUCCAGGCGCCCAUGUUCCAGAGACUGGCUAUGUGGGCGGGUCCACGAAGGCCAAGCAGGAGCUUGGAAUCAGAGGUCAUGAAUACCCCGCCUCCCGGAGGACUAUAGAAAACGGCGAGAAUGGCUAUCGAAGCAAGUUUAACGAUGGACAGGCACCAUCGUAUGUGAAUUCCGUGGUAGAUCCUGUGGGCAACAGCAAGCCUAAGGGCGCGAAUCUGCGUGAAGGCGGGUUCAAUGACAAUCCGAGGUACAACGCCAGCUUCAAUUCGGAGAUUGGUAGUAAGAAGGAUCCUGGUCGACUCGCAGAGAGAAAUUUCGAGCAGGACACUUUCCGCACUGUUGGCGCAGGGCCAGCCGCCUAUAAUCUGGACAAACAGACGUGGUACCAACCUCUGAACCGUGACCAGAGUGUGUAG